AUGGAAUUAGAACCACCAUUGAAAAAGAUGGAUUUAAUAAUAUCAUUACAUUCAUAUAAGGUUGAAUUAUUGGCACUUGAAGCAGGGAAUACAGAAGGUCCCAUGGAUGAUACCAAGUUCUGGCAAGAUCAUUCUAAAAUCAAAAUAGCACAAGGUGGACGAUCUAUUCCCUUGUAUACAAUACUUCAAAAAUUUUAUUUUUUUACUGAGAUGGUGACAUUGACAUUGCCAACAAUUUUAUCUGAGAUGGAAGACCUUUUGCCAGAUUUCUUGGAAAAUCUUCUAGCAUUACAGCAUACACAAAUAGAACUGGAUGCAAAGAUUCGAAAAUAUUCUCAAAAAAGACUCUACUCCAUCUCCACUUCAUCACUAUUGCACGAAACUACAGUGUCUCUUUUGAAAAAAACAAAAACUAAGGAAAGAUCCUUUUUGUAUCUUAGUCAACUUAUACUAAAUAAAAUAAAUUA